GGCCCAAGUGGGCGGGAUCAACCUCAAAGGCGGCGCGACCCAGCAGGGCGGUGCAAGCUUGCGGAACCCUACUCAACGAGGUCGCCGUUGUGAAGGGAACUAAUCCCGCGCAGGACGAGCAGCUUUUGCAGCCCAGCUGGUUCCGGUUUGGAAAGAUGGCGGUGGCUGGGGCGUCGGCUCAGGAACCUCUAGUACAUUGGUGCACACAGCAGUUGCGGAAAACUUUCGCCCUGGAUGUCAGCGAGGAAAUCAUACAGUAUGUUUUGUCAAUUGAGACUGCUGAAGAGCUACGAGAAUAUGUGGCAGACCUUCUCCAGGGAAAUGAGGGGAAAAAAGGUCAAUUCAUAGAAGAUCUUAUAAGUAAAUGGCAAAAGAAUGAUCAAGAGUUGGUUUCUGAUUCUUUUCAGCAUUGCUGGAAGAAAGAUGAAAUUUUAGAUGGACAGAGAUCAGUAGACCAGCUAAAGCGGAGUAGGAGGAAAGGAAGAAACAAACAGGAAGUUCCUGCAUUUCCUGAACCUGACCUGACUGUAGAGGUCAAAACACCUUUAGAUUUGGCCAAGGCACAAGAAAGCAACAACUCAGUAAAGAAGAAGACAAAAUUUGUCAAUUUAUACACAAGAGAGGGACAGGACAGACUGGCAGUCCUGCUUCCUGGUCGUCACCCAUGUGAUUGCCUGGGCCAGAAGCACAAGCUCAUCAACAACUGUCUGGUCUGUGGGCGGAUUGUCUGCGAGCAAGAGGGUUCUGGCCCCUGCUUAUUCUGUGGCUCUUUGGUAUGUACUAAUGAAGAACAGGACAUUUUACAGCGUGACUCAAACAAAAGCCAGAAAUUGCUAAAGAAGCUUAUGUCAGGGGCGGAAAAUUCUGGAAAGGUAGACAUCUCUUCCAAGGACCUUCUUCCUCAUCAAGAAUCUAGAAUUAAGUCUGGUUUGGAGAAGGCUAUUAAGCAUAAAGAAAAACUACUAGAGUUCGACAGAACUAGUAUCCGAAGGACCCAAGUUAUUGAUGAUGAGUCAGAUUACUUUGCCAGUGAUUCUAACCAGUGGCUGUCCAAAGUUGAGCGGGAAACUCUGCAGAAACGAGAGGAGGAGCUGAGAGAACUCCGACAUGCUUCACGACUCUCUAAGAAAGUCACCAUUGACUUUGCAGGGCGGAAAGUCCUAGAAGAUGAAAAUCCACUAGCAGAGUAUCACAGCAGACUAGAUGAAACAAUACAGGCCAUUGCCAAUGGAACUUUGAAUCAGCCACUGAUGACAUUGGAUAGGUCCUCUGAAGAGCCUUUGGGAGUUCUGGUAAAUCCCAACCUGUACCAGAGCCCUCCCCAGUGGGUAGACAACACUGUUUCAGCCCCGCAGAAGAAGACUUCACUCUCAGCAGGACCAAGACUAGAACUUGGUUUAUAUCAGCAUCGCCUGCGAAUCCAGGACCAGGAAUUCCAGGAAGGCUUUGAUGGUGGCUGGUGCCUUUCUAUGCAUCAGCCCUGGGCUUCUCUGCUUGUCAGAGGGAUUAAAAGGGUGGAGGGCAGAUCCUGGUACACACCUCACAGAGGAAGACUCUGGAUAGCAGCCACAGGCAAAAGACCUUCCCCUCAAGAAGUCUCAGAACUCCAGGCCACCUAUCAACUUCUUCGUGGGAAAGAUGUGGAAUUUCCAAAUGACUAUCCAUCAGGUUGUCUUCUGGGCUGUGUGGACCUAAUAGAUUGCUUGUCCCAGAAACAAUUUCAGGAGCAGUUCCCAGACAUCAGUCAAGAGUCUGAUUCUCCAUUUGUUUUCAUCUGCAAAAAUCCCCAGGAAAUGGUUGUGAAGUUUCCUAUUAAAGGAAAUCCUAAAAUCUGGAAACUGGAUUCCAAGAUCCAUCAAGGAGCAAAGAAGGGGUUAAUGAAGCAGAAUAAAGCUGUCUGACCCAGGAAAAAAAGGAACUGUAUAGCAUAGUGAAGUCUUGUGUACUAAAUUGCUAUCCGCUGGUCCUUUGUAAUUGAAGCAGUAGAAAGCUAAAGGCUUGACAUGACACCAGGCUUCAAUCUCUGAGAAUUUAAACUUAUACCAAAUCUGUAUAUUUUUGUUACAUGGUGGGAUUCUUCAUGUAU